CCCGCAGAAACACUGAUGUAAAAGACGGACUCUCCAGACUGACUAACAGACCACUCAGAAACUCUGUAUUCAUCAUAAGGAGUCCAGCAGGGAGAUGGAGCCGCAGCAGGGUCUGGAACUUCCAUAAAGAGGAUAUCACUUUGUGAUGUGGGAAGUACAUCGCUCCAAGAUAACACGGACGUUAAUCCUCCAUGUAACGGAACAAAUUGCUGACUCCUUGGUGAGGGUCAGAAAAUGAAUGCCUCCUCCUGUUGUGAUGCUCCAGUCAUCAUGUAUCAGCAGAGCUCAGGAUCUGAGCUCAAUGCCAGCUGUGACCGGCCUGCUCCUCACUGUAACUGGACAUCAGGGGAAAGUGCGCCGCAGCUGCCUACAUUUUCCACUGCGGCCAAAGUCAGAGUGAUCAUUACCUUCAUCUUGUGCGGCAUUUCCACUUUCUGUAAUUUGGCUGUGCUGUGGGCAGCCAAUGGCCACAAGCACAAAUCCCAUGUCCGAGUGCUGAUAAUCAACUUGACUGCAGCUGAUCUCUUGGUUACUUUCAUCGUGAUGCCCGUGGACGCAGUCUGGAACAUUACGGUUCAGUGGCUGGCCGGCGACCUGGCUUGCAGGUUCCUGAUGUUCCUCAAGCUACAGGCCAUGUACUCCUGUGCAUUUGUCACAGUGGUGAUUAGUCUGGACAGACAGUCGGCUAUCCUCAACCCUCUGGCCAUCAGCAUGGCCCGCCAAAGGAAUAGGGUCAUGCUGAUGGUCGCGUGGACUAUGAGUGCCUUGUUCUCAAUCCCUCAGAUGUUCAUUUUCCAUAAUGUGACCAUCACCUAUCCAGCAAACUUUACUCAGUGCACCACUAGGGGGAGCUUUGUCACUCACUGGCAGGAAACAGCCUACAACAUGUUCACCUUCUCCUGCCUCUUCCUGCUGCCACUGGUCAUAAUGAUUAUCUGCUACACCAGGAUCUUCAUCCAGAUCUCCAAACGGAUGACAAAAAAGGACUUGUCCUCAAAUGAGCCACAUCUCCGUUGCUCAAAGAACAACAUCCCAAAAGCUAGAAUGAGAACUCUGAAAAUGAGCAUUGUCAUAGUGAUUUGCUUCAUAGUCUGCUGGACUCCAUACUACCUGUUGGGUUUGUGGUACUGGUUCUUCCCAGAUGACCUGGAGGGAAAAGUCUCUCACUCCCUCACCCACAUCCUGUUCAUCUUUGGGCUUUUCAAUGCUUGCCUGGACCCCAUCAUCUACGGCCUGUUCGCCAUACGUUUCCGCAAGGGGCUGAGGAGCUGCUGCCGCAAAGCCCCAGUGAUGUCAGCCCUGGAAACUAACACAGCGAAAACAGAGUCUUUGAAAUGUACUACCACUGCUUUAUCCCCUAAAACAGGGAUGACCACUGGUGAAAAGGAGGGCAACUGUGGACAGGCUGAGCCUCCGACAGCAGGUGUCUGACUGUUCAGUCGAGGCGAAGGAGGACAAAAUUGCCAUUUCAGUGCUGAGAGCUCAAUAUGAUGAUAUGAAAAACGAGUAAAAACCAGAACUUAAUACUGUUUAUUGAACUGCUUGAACUAUUUCACCUUUUUUCAGUGUUAUCUGUAGACUGGACUGGAUGUUUAUUUCACAAUCACAACAAACAUGCAUGUGUAGAAUAAGUAUGAAAACAAAAUAAAUCCGUCACU